AUUGUUUCUUUAAUGUAGUCUUUCCAAAGAUGUAAAGACAUUAACCUUGAACACAGAAACAGUGGAAUAAACAAACAAGGACUUGGACAGUCUUUUACGCAGUCCAUAACAGGGACAUAUAAGGUCUCCAUUCAGUAAUCCAGACUCUGCAGGAAGACCACUUUGCCCGGUCUGCCCGGUGUGGACGGCGGAGGGCUCUCCUGCCUGCCCUCCCAGCCUCACCUCGCCCCCAGCAGCAUGUCCCUGGCUCUGAGGCUGCCUCUAGUCCUCCACACAGCACACUACCAUGAUCAGAUGGGCUGCCGGAGGAAGUAAGGCCGCCUCUGCCUCGUCCUGCUCCGGAGCCGGGGUAGGGCCUCGAUGUGGUCGUGGGACCGGCUCCAGGCUGAGGUUACCUUCAACGCUGCUGCCCCCCGCCCUGUCUCUGCCUUUCCUGGUUGCGGUGCUUUUUUUGUCCUUCUCCCUGCCCGGAGCGGCAUGCCACCAGCUCCGCAGAGACAGGCCGAGACCCGCCAGCCCACGGACUCUCAGGCUUCCACUGAACGUUUCUGAGGUGGAGGUCAUCUCCAGGACGAGGGCGACCUUGGGUCGGACAGGGGGGCCGCAGGGCAGGCACGUGCGCAGCUACAAUCACCUCCAAGGGGACAUGCGGAGGAGGAAGCUGUUCUCCUUCCAGAAGUUUUUCCUGAGGAUCGACAAGAACGGAAAGGUCAACGGAACCAAGAGCAAGGAUGACCCCCUCAGUAUUCUGGAAAUCACAUCGGUGGAGGUCGGAGUGGUGGCCAUCAAAGGGCUGAACAGUAACUACUAUCUGGCUAUCAGCAGAAGAGGAGAGCUGUACGGAGCGAGGGAGUUCGGCGUCGACUGCACCCUGAAGGAGCGCAUUGAGGAGAACGGCUACAACACGUACGCGUCGGCCGAGUGGAGGAACAAGAAGAGGCAGAUGUUCGUGGGCCUGAACGUCCACGGGAAGCCGCUGAGGGGGAAGAGGACGCGCAGGAAGAACAUGGCCACCCACUUCCUCCCGCCUAUGCCGUGAAACUUUGAGGACUGACUAGAGGAGGAGGAGGAGGAGGAG